AUGGCGUCCGAUCUUCCCAAUGCCUCAGCGGCGGAUCAGCAUUCAUCGGAAUCUCAGAUUCAGGAACAGCCGGCGUUUUCUCUCCCGCCUUAUCCUCAGAUGAUAAUCGAAGCAAUCGAAUCCCUUAACGAUAAGAACGGCUCAAACAAAACGACGAUCGCAAAGCACAUCGAGUCGACUCAGCAAACCUUGCCGCCGUCUCACUCGACCCUGCUUGGCUACCAUCUCAACAAGAUGAAGAGCGCCGGUCAGCUUAUCAUGGUGAAAAACAAUUACAUGAAACCAGGUUCACAAUCAAAUGCUCCGCCGCCUAAGCGUGGUCGCGGCCGUCCUCCGAAGCCGAAAACUCAGGCGGAAUCCGGCGUAGCUGAGACCGUCGUUGCUGCUGCUGUCUCCGCAGAUCCGCCUAGAUCUCGCGGUCGUCCACCGAAGUCGAGAGAUCCAUCAGAGCCGCCGGUUCAGCCCAAGGAGAAGAUCGCCAGCGGAUCCGGAAGACCACGUGGACGACCACCGAAGAAACCAAGAGUAGAUUCAGAGACGGUUGCUACACCGGCGCCGGAACCGGCAGCUCAGCCAAACGUGGAGCGUAGAGGACGUGGGAGACCGCCGAAGGUGAAAACGACGGCGGUUGCGCCGGUUGGGUGUUGA